AUGGCGUACUCGUCACGCCCAACCUCAAUGCUGCCCGGUGGUGGGCUUCGUCAGCCGGCCUCCCAACCCUCGUCCGCACUGUCGACGCGCAUCGCCGCAAAGAAGGCCGAACUCGAAAACCUCCGACAGCUACGGGAUUUGAGUGGAACAUUGGCCAUGCAAAUGCAGGCGCUAGAGAGCAAGAUUGCCACGUUGAAGGAUGGUACGGAAGCGGUUGCAUGCGUGCUUGCCAAUUGGGACAAUGUGCUUCGUGCCAUCAGUCUGGCCUCCACCAAAGCCAGUGGACUUCACGAUACUGGACCCGACGAGACGGAGGACCCCGCGCGCGAAACUCGCUUGCCAGCCACAUUGGUUCGCAUCCCGGCCGAGCCACGGGAAAAGACUGGCGAGUGA